AUCUCAGUUUCUGAGACUUGUUUGCAUAUGUUCACAGACGGGUUAUAUUGUAGUAGUUAACUAAAUAUAAAUGUACCUCCAGCAAGAUUUUGGACUUUGCUGAGAGAGGCUUUACUUGUUCUGCGCGGGCUGUGUGUCUGUGCUGCUGUUGGCUAACAUGUUUAGCAACAAAGCUAACAUGGGUUCCCCAGUCGCAGCGUUACAAGAAUGUGCUCUGUGAACGUGUUAUAAAGCUGCUCACUAUUAAUGUUACAGUUGCGUUUGAGGAAUAAAAGAGUUACUGUCUUGCCCUCUGUAGCACCAUGUCGAAGAGGAAAGUAACAUUUGAGGACGGGACCGGGGAGUUGGACUUGGAUGACGAACUUCCAAGUAAAAAGACUUGUGAGGCUGUGAGUGGACCAGGCUCCAGAUUUAAGGGCAAACAUUCCCUCGACAGCGAUGAAGAGGAUGAAGGAGAUGACACUAACAACAGCAAAUAUGAUAUUCUGGCCAAUGAUGACGUUGAGGGCCAAGAGGGAGCAACAAUCGACUGUGAUGAGGGAGUUCCGAUUACACCUUUCAACCUGGAUGAGGAGAUGCAGGAAGGACAUUUUGAUUCAGAGGGAAACUAUUUCAUCAAAAAGGAACAACAGAUUAGAGACAACUGGCUUGACAACAUUGACUGGGUGAGAAUAAAAGAACAACCCUUCAAACAAAAGAAGAAAGGUCUUGGAGCCAAACGGAAGCGCAGAGUCGGAGAUGAGGAUGAGGCUGAGGAUGAGAAACGGAGGGAAGAGCAGCAGGCAGACAGAGAAAAUGAAGAAGACGAGGAGGAGGAAGAGAUGGAGCCUGCAGAGGACCCGCUGGCAUCCUACACACAGCAUCAGCUCACCGAAGCUGUAGUCGAACUGUUGCUACCUGGGGAGACGGUUGCUACAGCGCUCCGUCGGCUAGGAGGCCUUGGAGGACGUAAGAAGGGGAAGAUGAGAGAAGAGAGUGAACCCACAGAGGAGGCCAAAAGGGAUACAGAAAAGCUCGACAGGCUCACAGCACUGGCUGACAGAUUGGUUGGAUCUGGGAUGUUUGAGAUCUAUCAGCAAACUUAUGAAAAACUGGCCUAUUUGAUGAGAAGCAUGAGCAGCAAGCAACCAGCUGUGAGGCAGAAACACAGUGAUGAAGAAGAUGAUGAUGAACUUGACAUGUUCGCAGAUACAAUUGAUGAUAAGCAUGGUGGCGGACAAAAGGAUAAAGGGGAGGCAGACGACACAAGAGUGAAUGACGAAGUGCUGUGGGAGUACAAAUGGGACAACGAGGAUAAUUCAGAAGUUUACGGCCCUUUCACCAGUCAGCAGAUGCAGGACUGGGUGGAUGAAGGCUAUUUCAGCAGUGGUGUUUACUGCAGGCGAAAGGACCAGGAGGGAUCUCAGUUCUACAACUCCAAGAGACUUGACUUUGAGCUCUAUACAUGAAUUAUGUUCAGCAUCAUCAAAUGAAUCACAACCAUCACCAUCACGGCCACUAGCAGCAUUCAUGUUUUUGCCCUGAAUCUUUCUUCAAUCUCUUCAUCCAGGGUUUUGGUCUCAAAUCUAUCAUUUUAACAGGGGCUUUAUUUUCUGUACAAGGUUUUUAAAUAAAUUACUCAUGGAUGUGGUGUUGCUAUCAACCAUUCUUUUUGUUUUUUUUUAGAACCAAAUCACAUUGUGGGUUCAUUUUAAGGCUGAUGGAAAUUUACAUGGCCAUUCUACUUGACAUACUUUUGCACACUAACAUGUAAUUCAACUAAGACUUUUUUGUUACCAUAGAGUAUUUUACACUUGUGUACUUAUACUGUUAAUAGUUAAAGGUACUGCUGCACUAGCUUGUCAAUCAGCAAGCUUUUUUCAAUCCUCAAUAGUGAAUGGCACUUUUUCUGUGAAGAAAUUCAUGUUUUCAGUAGAGUAGAAUAUAGAGAUGUUGAGGACAAAGUUCAACAGCACACAACUUCAAAUAUUCAUAUUUUAGAUGCCCUACUUUGCAUAUAUUCAUAUACAUCACCUCCCAAAAAUACAUUGUUGUAAAAUACUGAGCCAAUGGAAAUGCUUUAUAUUCUUUCAAAUCAAGUAUGCAAAAGGUCAAGUUCAUGUUUUUAGUGUCAGAAGUGACAAGACAAGAUGCUGAAUUUUAGCGGUGUAAGAAUUAAUCAAAAGAAAGUUAAUUGGUUUGAGAAACAUUGAAGCCACUUUUCAAUCACAAAUACCCAACAUAUGAUGUGUCCAGGUUGUUAUAGGAAAUGUUUUAGGUGUCACAUUGUUAUUCACGUCACCCUGUGUGCUAGGAUAUUAUGUUUUACAGACCAUUCAACCAACAUUCAUCCAAAAAAUAAUCAAUGCAAAUUAUCAUUAAUUUCAAACCUGGUACAAUUUGCUCAAAAGUAGCAAUUUGUAUUAAAUUAGACUGAAGGAAUGUUAAAAUUGUUUAAUGUGUAACUUUAAAAUAUUCUUCCAAUAAAAGUUACAACUAGUUGAAUUGUUA